AUGGGCUGCCGCCUCAGAUCUCCGCUUGACCGGCUGCACCUGGACUUUGCCGUGGCCGAACCCCCAGGCUGUGCCAACGCGCCACGGUCCUUUGUUCCAGGAAACCAGGUUUUGCCCGGAAUUUUGUGGGGGACAUUCCUUGGGUGCCAGCCACAGUAGUGGGAGUCACUGGACCUCGCUCAUACCAGGUAGCACUCGAAGACAGACGCUUGUGGCACUGGCACAUAGACCAGCUUAGGCGCAGGGUUGGGGACUUGGACACUACCGUGGUGCCCCCAACUGCGCUCGUGGCUCCGGAAGAGACACUUACAGAUGGUGAGACUCCACCUACACCUCUCUCGCAAACUGCCGGCGUGGAGCCGAACCAAGCUGCUUCAGAGGGUCUGCCAGACUUACCACAGACUCAGACCACUGCCGUGCCUGACAUUCCGCCAACUCCACUUGUGGAGGUUCCACCCACAGCAGCGGAUUCAGGGGACUUGGUUUCAACGCCACCUAGGGUCGCGCCACAGCCUCAGCAAGAAUCGGGCGGCCCUCCGGACCUGGGUACGGCUCCCUGGCAGUCUGGCAGAGUUUCCAAGUGCCCAACUUAUUUAA